GUAUAAUAAUAUUAAAAAGCUUUACAACACUGUUGUUGCAAUCAGCUGAUCAUAAAACAAUAAAACGUAAACAAACCGGCACCCACCAAUUGUAAAUAAAACCGCCAAUUUUCACAAUAAUAUAAAUUUGCUUUAAAAAUAAAAUACGAUGUUUAAAAUAAGUUGUUUUGAGAUAUGGCGACAAGAGAAAGAAAUGCCACGCAUUAUAACUCUUUGUAAAAAAUUAGAUGAUAUUUUAGAAGGUGGUCUUGCAGCUGGUUUGAUUACGGAAUUUUGCGGUGGGCCAGGUUGUGGGAAAACACAAAUGUGUUUGCAGCUUUGUAUCAAUGUGCAAUUUCCACGAAGAGUGGGUGGCCUUCAAGGCCAAGCUGUGUAUUUGGAUACAAAUCAAGAUUUCAGUCCUAAUCGUUUGCGAGAAAUUGCGUACUGUGCCGAAAAACGCUUCAUUCGUGCCUUACCCAAAACUGGGGUUGACUUAGGCACGCAAUAUCCUUUUACAGUUAAUUCAAUACUGGCAGGAGUAACUUAUAUGUAUUGUAAAAAUCAUAUAGUACUUCAAGCAGCAGUCGAGAGUCUACGUGAAAUGCUAAAUAAUAAUAAUGAGAUAAAGCUGAUCAUCAUUGAUUCGUUCUCCUUUCCUUUGCGCUUAAUUGAAGAUGUGGCAGAACGUAUUGGAGUAGUUUAUAAUUUAUUAUCGCAGCUACAGCAGUUAGCGACAGAAUAUAAAGUUGUAGUUGUUAUAACAAAUGAGUUAACAACGCGUGUUACUGGCAAUGACUGGAACAUAUGUCCAGCAUUAGGCGACAGCCACGGACAUAAAAUUAAUCAGCGCAUCAUUCUUAGUAAAUGUAUUGAAGAAAAUUGUUUCGUUGCAUUGAUGGAAAAGUCGAAUAUAGUACCAAAAGUAGCUCUACCUUUUGUGAUUAAAAAAAAUGGAAUUCGUGAUGUAUCAUAAACAUCAAACAAUUUUUAACUCUAGCUAGCUAUAAUCUAUAAUUUUUGCAAAGUGGUAAGUGGACUAGCACCUAUCAUAUGAUUAUUUUUACCUUCAUGAUUAAUUGCUGUGACGUUAUGAAAGUCAAUUACUCUAUAGAAUUCCAUAAGUGUAUCAUUGUAAUUUAAUGUAAAUCGUUUUAGUUGAAUUCCAACACGUCUUUGUAAACACUAACAGCGUAUUCAAUGUUUAAAGAGACUCAAAGUUUGUGUGAGUGUGAAACUGUUGAGAGACGCGCUCUCUAUUAGUUUAAAAAGCAUAGUUAAAGAUGCAAUUUGUUCUCAAGCUUAUUUUAAUGGUUAUGAUUCAUCCCUAGUGAGUACAAAUUUUUUAAUUUAGUAAAUUUUUUUAUAGUUUUAAGAAUUUUCAAAGUGAUUUGACGGCGGAAAUAACGAGGAAUUCUGAGUUAGACUUACAAUAAUAACUAUCAGUAAGAUUCUAAUAUUGACUAAUC